AUUUAUGAAGCAAAUUGAUGACCGAGCAUGCCUCAACUCCACACAGCCCCAACUGGAGGGUCUCACCAGGUGUUUGACCGCCCUUGUGGCUCUGUCCGACGACAUGUCAGAUGACCUCUCCUGCAGGACAUACUACCAGUCUGCACGCUGUAUGGAGAAUCUUCAUGCUGAUCCAAAUUGUGACAUUGAAGCCUUUGAUAACGUUAUUCCGGACUAUGUCACAACUGCUUUGAUGCGAACUCCAGAUCUUCUAGCAUCACUAAGCGUAACAUCAUUACCACCUGCACCGAAAUGCUCAGAUUACAUCAAGAAGGCUGUUGACAUCAAGGCUCCAUGCCUGGACAAGGAGUUUUUUGGGAAGUAUGUUAUUGGAAGAGUCUGCAGGAAGUAUGUGGGCCACGUUCUGAUUGAGGAGGUUCCCAAGUUCACUCGAUGCCAAUAUAUAGUUGAGUGUGGUCAGACCGCCAUGUAUGAAGUCUUCCAUGCCAACUGCACUGUCGAGCAGGUCCAAGAUGCCAUUAAUUCAACUUCAUCUGAGCUUCAGACACUCUUGCCACUAGCUGCAGACAGUUGUGAAGAAGAGGACUCAUGUUCCCAGAUACUGUCCAAGCCAGAGGGUCUUGCAGCCUCAACUAAGUGUUUCACCUACAUGUAUUUACAGAACACCAGCCUGCUGACUCUGGAGGAAAACUGCAACUUCGUCCUGAGUGGUUUUGCUUGUCUGCGAGGAGAGUUGUGGAAAUACAAUGUUUCCUGUCCAAUACGAGGACUAGCCCAGCAUUACUUCAGCUAUGUCCGCUACCUUGCUUCCCAGAACACAACCAUAUUCCCGUUUGAUAUUACACAGUGUGCAGCUAUAGUGGAAAAAGAAGGUGAUGAGAAAAUUGAAGAUCUCUGCUCCAAUGAAGACCUCAUCCCACUCUUUGUCUCCACCAGUUACUGUGCACUUCAUUCCUCUUCAAAUGAUUGCAGUGUGCUUAAUGGGUUAGUCAGUUGUGUAAAGAGCAGCCUAAACUGUAGUGAUGUAAGACCCAUCUCCAACGCCCUCAUCACAAGGAGUGAUGUCCUUGUGAGUCGUCUGGGAAGGAACUACAGUGGAUGUCCUGCAGAUGGAGGAGCUGAGGGCUCGUGUUCCACAAUGCUCGCCAAGCCAGAGGGUACAGCAGCUGGGGCGAAGUGUUUUACCUACAUGUUUGUACAGAACACAAGCCUGCUGACUCUGGAGGAAAACUGCAACUUUGUCCUCAGUGGUCUUGCUUGUCUGAGAGAGGAGAUGUACAAGUUAGGUCUUUCCUGUACCAUACGAGGACUAGCCCAGGAUUACUUCAACUAUAUACGACUGAUGGCCUCACUGAACAUAACCAUAUUUCCCUUUGAUGUUACAAAGUGUGCAGCGAUAGUGGCAAAAGAAGGUGAUGGGAAAAUUGAAGAUCUCUGCUCCAAUGAAGAACUCAUCCCCCUCUUUGUCUCCACCAGUUACUGUGCUUUCCUGGCGUACUCCAAUGAUUGCGGUGUCCUAAAAGGGGUCACAGAAUGUGUUCAGAGCAGCAUGAAUUGUAGCGAUGGAAGCCCCAUCACCAACGCCCUCAUUUCCAGAAGCGAUGUUCUUGUUAAACGGCUUGGAAAGGACUACAGCAAAUGCCCAAAAGAAGAUAAAGAAGAAGGCUCGUGUUCCACGAUGCUUUCCAAGCCAGAGGGUCUUGCAGCCUCAACUAAGUGUUUCACCUACAUGUUUGUACAGAACACCAGCCUGCUGACUCUGGAGGAAAACUGCAACUUUGUCGUCAGUGGUUUUGCUUGUCUGAGAGAGGAGAUGUACAAGUUAGGUCUCUCCUGUACCAUACGAGGACUAGCCCAGGAUUACUUCAACUAUAUACGACUGAUGGCCUCACUGAACAUAACCAUAUUUCCCUUUGAUAUUACACAGUGUGAAGCUAUAGUGGCAAAAGAAGGUGAUGGGAAAAUUGAAGAUCUCUGCUCCAAUGAAGAACUCAUCCCCCUCUUUGUCUCCACCAGUUACUGUGCUUUCCUGGCGUACUCCAAUGAUUGCGGUGUCCUAAAAGGGGUCACAGAAUGUGUUCAGAGCAGCAUGAAUUGUAGCGAUGGAAGCCCCAUCACCAACGCCCUCAUUUCCAGAAGCGAUGUUCUUGUUAAACGGCUUGGAAAGGACUACAGCAAAUGUCCAAAAGAAGAUGAGGGUGGCAAGAAAUGCCCAGAGCAAAGCGAUGUGGACUACAGCAUAGCAAUGGAUGUUGUUGCAGAAUGUGGAGCUAUUCUUGGAAAGUUUAAUGCUUCUAUCAUCCCAGAAGAGCAUGCAUGCAGGAUAUUUUGGGGCGUGGUCAACUGUACUCUAGAGGAACUGUCCAAGAAGGGCUAUGACAAGUGUGAGAAGGAGAUUGUUGAGUAUGUAGGCAACUACCUGGACACCAAGAACAAGACACUGAAGGAUGUGGUUCCCUACAACUACAAGAACUGUCACUUCAACAAACCAACUGGUGAUGUGUGUUCCAACAGUGGCACUUUGUCUUACUUCGCUGCCUCCUCUCUGGAAUGUGCCCCCAACACAGCGGUCCUCAUCAGAAAGAACAACUACACUUGUGGGUCAUUGACAUUCUUGGUGGAGUGUGUGAAAGAGGUGCUUGGAAAGUCUGAGAUGAAGUGUCGUGCAUCAACACUCCACAACAACUUCUACUACAACUCCUACAUCCUGCAGAAAUACAAUAAAACACUCAACUUUGAUAACUGUGAAAGCUAUGCAGGGAAUAUAACCUCCCCUGACUACUACCGACCCUGCCCGGGACUACACAUCUCUUCGAUACAGUGCUGAAAUAUACUGCCUGCCACUGGUGCUGAAACUGAACAACACCAGGGGAAACAACUCUGAAAGAUGCAGUGCGUACUUUGACCUUGUGCAGUGCCUCACCUAUGCCCUGCACUCAUACCGCUGCAAUGCCACAGAGAUACACGACAUUGCGAUCCAGAAUUCCAAGAUUAUGAGGGAUGAACUGUCAGAAUUCAAUCCUUCCACUUGUGUUGCACCUACCUUUACCACAAAGUCGCCAUGUUUGGAGGACACGUACUAUGGGUUUGUGCUCCGCACGAUGUGUCAGGCCGACAAACUGAAGCAGUCUGAGGACAAUUGCAGCAUUCCGUAUCAGAUGACCAUGUGUGCAAUGAACGUCUCUGGAAGCCUAAACACAGCAUGUACCAUGUCAAACUUUUCUGCCUACCUCCAGAGAAACAAGGACGGCUU